AUCAAUGAAGGAAGUGUAUUAGUUGGCCGGGGACCAGCCCGGAUUCAAACAACAGUCAUUUUGCCAUGGUCCUGAUGUUGUGGAAUAUCUUAAAUAUCUUUUCUAGAAUUCCAUGACCUAAAGGUAACACUGAAAGUCAACAUAAAAAAUGACCUAAAACAUGAAAAAAUAAGCUCGGAAAUAAAGUUGAAAAAUGAAAUUACCAGCACUAGCACCACACAAAAAAAAAAAGGAAGAAAGAAAAAAAAACACACCAAUAUGAUAAUUCUUAUGUGACCACAUGAAGGAAAUAUCCAAAGUAACAUUAGAACGUCCAAACUCUUCCAAUACGGCUAUAAAUAGCUUCAAAGACAAACCGAGACAUUGACUGGUAUAGCAGAAACAAACUGACUACAAUUGGGAAUAAUUUACUCACACCAUUUCUCUAUUUAUACCAAAUAUACUACUAUAGCAGUAUACCCCAAUCCGCUUUCUCUCAACAACCACCCAUCAAAUUUCUUAUCAAUUCAAUAAACUUUGAAACAAAAGAAAAAAAAAAGAAAAAAAAAGUAAACCUUAUUAUUCACGAAACUAUUGUGGAAUAAAAUAAACAAGAAGCAGAGCAGCAGCAGAAUCAUGGUUCACAGUCUUCUGGAAGCACUGAACGUGCGGGUUGUGGGCUCAGGGGAGAAAAUUCUGGUAUUAGCCCAUGGAUUCGGGACUGAUCAGUCUGCUUGGCAGAGGAUUCUGCCCUUUUUCUUGAGGGAUUAUCGGGUCAUCCUGUACGACCUGGUUUGUGCCGGAAGUGUCAACCCGGAUUACUUCGAUUUCCGGCGGUACACCACCCUGGAUGCCUACGUUGAUGAUCUGCUCCAUAUCCUUGAUGCCCUCGGGGUUGAUCGGUGCGCUUAUGUGGGCCACUCUGUUUCCGCCAUGAUUGGGAUUUUGGCUGCAAUUCGCCGCCCUGAACUGUUCACCAAGCUCAUUCUUAUUGGUGCUUCUCCAAGGUUCCUGAAUGAUCAAGACUAUCAUGGCGGUUUUGAGCAAGCAGAAAUUGAGAAAGUAUUCUCAGCAAUGGAAGCCAAUUACGAAGCUUGGGUCAAAGGGUUUGCUCCGUUGGCCGUGGGAGCCGACGUUCCGGCGGCUGUCCGGGAAUUCAGCCGGACUCUGUUCAACAUGAGGCCGGACAUAUCCCUUUUCGUGUCAAGACAAGUUUUCAACAGUGACUUAAGAGGCGUCCUCGGACUAGUUAAAGUCCCAUGUUGUAUAAUCCAAACCGCAAAGGAUGUCUCGGUUCCGACAUCGGUGGCGACUUACUUGAAGAACCACCUCGGUGGUCGGAGCACCGUCCAGAUGCUGAACAUAGAAGGCCAUCUUCCCCACCUAAGUGCCCCAGCCUUAUUGGCUCACGAACUCCGGCGAGCUUUAUCUCGGUGAUUUGGAUAAGGUGGCCCCGCCGGGUGUCGCCGCCGUGGGCUAGGCUAAGUCCCCCCACUUCUCAGGCGGUGGGGCUUUUUAAGUGAAUAAUAAUAAGUGGACUGGAUCAGGUGUGGGUGACACUUGGCAAAUAAUUGUGGACAUGAGUGAUUUGUGUAAUUUCCGAAUUUUCCUUUUUUUUUUUUUGGUAAUUGGGGGUAUAUUCAUGGUUUUGUAAUUUUGUUUUUGAUUUUCUUUCUUAUCCUUCUAGAUUCUGACUAAAAAUUUGAGAAGGAAAGGAAGUGGGGAAAGGAGGAUAAGAAAUCGCCACAUGGAAUUCACGUGACUGACGUGCUUGUUUUUAGUUUGUCGUUGGCUUUUAUUUUGGUGCUUUCUAUGAUUUAAUCCAACAACUCUCUAACGUUUUCUUGUUUUUUUCUUGCAAAAUUGUUUGGUACCGCCCAAAAAAAUGAUUAUAAUUAUUGGUACGAUAUGGUAUUACGGAUUGCAUGUU